CGUGAGAGAGAGAGAGAGAGAGAGAGAGAGAGAGAGAGAGAGAGAGAGAGAGAGAGAGAGAGAGAGAGAGAGAGAGAGAGCUUCUUCUCUUCUCCAAACAUCGGUUCCCAUGGUUGCAUUGCUACUUGCACUGAGUGUCUUGUUCCUCUUGCCAGAGCUCACAUAUGCCGAGCAUGCUGGCAUUACCAGGCACUACAAGUUCGUCAUUCAGUUGCAAAACGUGACACGGCUGUGCCACACGAAGAGCAUCGUGACCGUUAAUGGCCAGUUUCCGGGACCCACAAUCGUUGCUAGAGAAGGCGACCGGCUUGCCGUUAAGGUGGUUAACCACGUUCAGAACAACAUCACCCUGCACUGGCAUGGUGUUCGACAGUUCAGGAGCGGAUGGGCGGACGGGCCCGCCUACGUGACGCAGUGCCCUAUUCAAACGGGCCGAACGUAUGUCUACAACUUCACGAUCAUCGGCCAAAGAGGGACGCUCUUCUGGCAUGCACACUUCUCAUGGCAACGAUCGACCGUCUAUGGGCCUCUUGUAAUCCUCCCUAAGCGCGGCGAACCUUAUCCGUUCAUCAAACCAUACAAGGAAGUCCCGAUCAUCUUCGGAGAGUGGUUCAAUGGGGACCCUGAGGCCAUCAUUGCACAGGCUCUACAGACCGGAGGUGGUCCGAACGUCUCCGAUGCAUACACCAUCAAUGGCCUCCCUGGUCCCUUGUACAACUGCUCGGUGAGAGAUACAUUCAAGCUGAGUGUGAAGCCUGGGAAGACGUAUCUCCUCCGUCUAAUCAAUGCAGCCCUCAACGACAACCUCUUCUUCGGUAUCGCCAACCACACACUCACCGUAGUUGAAGCCGACGCUGUCUACGUUAAACCAUUCCACACCGACAACCUACUCAUCACACCGGGCCAAACCAUCAACGUCCUCCUCAAGUCCAACCCACAUUACCCGAACGCAGCAUUCUUCAUGGCGGUGAGACCCUACACCACAGGCCUCGCCACCUUCGACAAUUCCACAGCCGUCGGAUUGCUCGAAUACCAACCACCCAAUUCAUCCCAUCCCUCAAACAUUCUCCAGCUCUUCAACCCAUCUCUCCCGCCCCUCAACGACACGUCCUUCGCCACAAACUACACCCAAAGACUCCGUAGCCUGGCCAAUGCACAAUUCCCAGCAAACGUCCCUCAGACCGUUGACAAGCAGUUCUUCUUCACAGUCGGCAUGGGUCUCGAUCCAUGCAACAAGAACCAAACCUGCCAAGGACCCAUUGGAGCAAAGCUCUCUGCAUCCAUCAAUAACGUCUCUUUCGUCCAGCCAAUCACAGCCCUCCUCCAGGCCCACUUCUUCGGGAAAUCAGACGGCGUCUAUGACACCGACUUCCCAAACAACCCUCCGUUUCCAUUUAAUUACACAGGUGCCCCUCCGAAUAACAUGUUCGUUGGCCAUGGUACUAAGGUGGCGGUGCUUCCAUUCAAUGCAAGCGUCGAGGUGGUUUUGCAAGGCAUAAGCAUUCUCGGCACAGAAAACCAUCCUUUCCAUCUCCAUGGAUUCAAUUUCUUCGUUGUCGGGCAAGGAUUCGGAAACUACGACCCGAGCAAAGAUCCGUCUAGCUUCAACCUCGUCGACCCCCUCGAGGGGAAUACCUUUGGAGUUCCGCCUGCCGGUUGGGUCGCUAUCCGCUUUCGAGCCGACAAUCCAGGUGUAUGGCUCAUGCACUGCCACCUGGAAGCCCAUACCAGCUGGGGCCUGAAGAUGGCAUGGUUGGUCUUGGAUGGGAGGUUGCCCAAUCAAAAGCUGCCUCCUCCCCCGUCUGAUCUCCCCAAAUGUUGACAUUGGACGUCUGUGAUGGGAUUCAUUUGGUUUUAGAGUGUCCCAUUUUCUUUGAUUUUCAUGUAACUUAUUUUUAUGUGUUCUUUUUUACUUUCAUUUUUUUUUUUUACCGUCUCUGUGAAAAGAUGGAGUCGCUUUGUAAUAUACGAGCCAAGGAGUUUGUGCCGGUGGCUUCAAUAAGAUCAACGGUUCGAAGUUCAUCAUCA